CGAACUAAUUUUACAUUAAACAGCUUUAAAAAACAGAAAACCUUCAUUUCACGUUGUUGGAAGUAGAUCUUUUGUAUUUUAUUUUGUAUUUUUUAACAUAAAGUGUAUAUUUUUUGUUUUGUUUUGUUUACCAGUAGAGGGCGCAUGGUAACUUUUUAGCUCCAUGGUAACGGCACGGCGUCAUCCAUAUUUCCUGCUGCAGCAUAAAGCAUUAGCACAACAUUCUUUUUAGUAUUUUAAAUACGUCAAUGAUGUUAUAUCUUUAAUGAAUACAUCGAUAUUUGUUUCGAGUCAUCAUGAGCCGCACUCCUGAUGCAAGAGCGAGAGACAUCCAGACCAAGCAGAUUCAGGACAACAUCACCAAUGUAGAGAAGCACUUUGGAGAUCUAUGCCAACUUUUUGCUGCUUACGUCCGUAAAUCUGCAAGACUGCGGGACAAAGCCGACCUCCUGGUCAAAGAAGUCGGCCUAUAUGCUGAUACAGAGACACCAAACCUAAAAUGUGGAUUGAAGAAUUUUGCAGAUCAACUGGCCAAGAUUCAGGACUACCGGCAAGCAGAGGUGGAGAGGCUGGAAGUGAAAGUUAUAGAGCCUUUGAAAGCAUAUGGGAAUAUUGUGAAAACAAAAAGGGAGGACCUGAAGCAGACGCAGAUUGCACGGAGCAGAGAGUCCAAGCAGAUGCAGCAGCUUGAAAGAAUGAGGCAGAGAAACCCGUCGGACAGACAGAUCAUUUCACAGGCUGAGAGUGAACUUCAGAGAGCCACAAUGGAUGCCACACGCACGACUCGCCAGCUGGAGGAGACAAUAGAUGACUUUGAAAAGCAGAAGAUUCGUGAUAUUAAGAAAAUUUUGGGUGAAUUUGUGACGGUGGAGAUGGCGUUCCAUGCCAAGGCGUUGGAAAUUUACACAUGUGCUUACCAGGACAUUCAGAAUGUAGAUGAAGAAGGAGACCUUGAGGUAUUUAGAAAUUCAAUGCACCCCCCUGAUUACCAGUCACGGUUAGAUAUAGUUCGUGCCAAUUCUAAACUGUCCCUGAAUCGAACUGGUACAUCAAUGAGUAAAUCUGGAACAAUGCAGUCAAGAACAUCUAGCAGACAGAGGAAAAGGGAUGAUGAGGAAGACGAAGAAGAGGAUGAUGAAGAUGAGGAUGAUUUGGAGGAAGUGACUGAUGAUGAGCAUUAAAAUAAAAUUUCAUUGCCAUUUUGACUAAGAUCCACCGCAUAUCCAGUCAAUGACAUUCCUGAACUGUAUUUAAGAGGGGUUUUAAAUGGAGAUUAAUUUGUAUCACCAACUAUAAAUGUAAUGAAAUGAUAGUUGAGCUUUGUUAGUUAAAGGUAUGGUUGUAUGUUUGCUCUCUUGUAAAUCAUAUACAGUACUAUGAAAUUAUAUUAUACUGAAUAACACAUUCAAAGAGUGUUACUUUCAUUUUUUUAAUCAUUUUAAAUCUCCCAUUAUGUUUUUUGUGUACAAAGUGCCAAGCUGAGUUCCGGUGAUCGAUAUUUGGUUAGAAUAUGCCUUAGAGAAUGUAGGUGUACCAAUAAAGCUGGCUCUUUCUCUUGCAUAAUAGGCCAUUUGCAUGAUCUCAAAAGUCUGAGUGUGCAUUUGUUUUCUUCUGUUUACUGAGCGUACAUACCGAAAGUCUGACUGUGUGUAUGUUAUACACAGAAACAAUAAUGAACCCCUGAAACUUA